UGGAAAUACCAAGGUGCUCUAAACUCUGCGAGCAAUGGAGACUUCAUGACUCAAACCACUGCUGGAGCGUUUAAGCUGAUUGAGAACAUGGCUGCUAGCUCAGCUAAUAAGAAAGAGGAGAGUGAUUGCUCCAAGAAAGGAAACAGUUCUGACGCCCAGAAAAUAGAUGAGCUAGCUGCCAAGGUUGAUCAGCUACUGAAAAACAACCAAGGACACGUCUUCAGCAUGGAGCAACCUACAGCCGGGCAUAUUCAGAACCAGAACCAACGACAACCGCAGAGCAAUCCGCAUGUUGUUCCAGCUACCGAGAACAGUCAACCAGAUGAGCUGAAGGGUCUGGGUAUGAUGAUGCAACAACUGUUGCAGGGUCAGCAGGUUCAGGCCAAGGUGUUGAAUCAGGUAACCACAGAAAUUGACACCAGGAUGGGCAACAUGUUCACUGAGCUGAAUAACAAGUAUGACAAUCUUGCGAUCCAUAUGAGAAAGAUCGAUGUUCAGCUUGCUCAAACAGCUGAGAGUGUCAAGAGGCAACAAGAGACGCUCCCUGGAAGAACUGAUAAAAAUCCUAGGACUGAGCACUGUAAUGCAAUAGAGCAGCCGUUCGCUGAGACUGCUCCAGGCGCAGAAGAGAGAGCAGAGCAGUCUGCUAGCUCUGGAGUGACUGCUCCUAGCGAACCUGCUGAGACUCCACCAUCUCGAGUCUAUGUUCCCAAGGUUCCCUAUCCAAUUCCACCUAGACAUCUGAAGGAUCCCAUUAGUGAAGAGCAGCUGAUAGGUUUUAACAAGAUGGUGAGAAGGCUUCCUAAAGAACUUGCAUUCGAAGAUGCUCUGCAGAUUCGUCCAUUGCUCCAGUUCUUUAAACACUGUAGAGAGACUCAAGAGGAGAUCAAGGUCCUCUAUACCAGAGCACUGAAUACGCCAGCACUGAAGGUAUUGCCUAAGGUUGAUGAUCCUGGAAAGUUUGUUUUCCCAUGUUCCAUCGCAGGAACAACCUUCAAAGACGCUCUUUGUGACUCUGGUUCUUGUGUGAAUCUCAUCUCAAAGGCUAUUGUAGACGAUUUGGGUAUUGCUGAUGUUGAGCGUUCUCAGUUGACCCUGACUUUUGCAAACUCUUCCAGAGCAGUCCCAUAUGGAACCAUCCGCAGCCUUCAUGUUCAAGUAGGGGAAUGCAUUGUUCCUGCUGAGUUUCAGGUUGUUGAGAUGAACAAAGAUCAUGAGAUGCCUUUGAUAUUUGGAAGGACAUUCAUGGCUACUGUUGGAGCAACCAUCGAUAUGCCCAACAAGAGAGUCUGCUUCUCCAACAUCAACAAGAAAGUUUUCUACAAGGCUGUACCCACCAGAUCUUCCUCAUCACACGCCUCUCGCAUCUCAGUGUUUGAUGUAGAAAAGUUGAAGCUUGUUCCAGAGAAGGAGCAUGGUGAUAAGGGUGAGAGCAGACUGUUCUUUGAUGAAGAUCCUAGCACUGAUCCUACUAAAUUCAGAGGGAACUCAAGGGUGAAACAGAAAGUCCAGAAGAAAAGGGUCAAAGGAGAUCCUACAGUGACUUUGAUACCUCUCAAGUGUGAUGAGAACUCCAUUGAGUAUGAGGUAAAGUGCAAGGGUACCUCUAAACCGUUCUCUAAAGUCAGAGCUAUUCUCACACAUGAGCUGAAAGAGAAAGGGGAAGCUGCUGUGAAAGGGUUGUUGAGCAGGGUUUUGAAGCUGAACAUGUCUGAUUGUGGAGCUUGUUUUCGAACAGGCCCUCCUGCUCAACCCGACUGAUCCCAGUCACCAAGUCAAGCUAGAGACUUAAACCAAGCGCUUGGUGGGAGGCAACCACUGGUAAGUGUAAAUAUAACUUGGUGUUGUUUUUGUUUACUCAUUUUUCGUUUUAGUUUAUUGAGUUUCAGGUCAAAAAGCAAAAAAAAAAAAAAAAAAUUCGAGAUACUUCAAAAAUUCUGGGUUGCAGAAACGGAACAACCUACCCCCUGAAAAGAGCGGUUGUUCCAGGCGAUCAUCUGACGAUAGAACACCCAGAAUUUUCAUGGAGCGCCUGCUCCACUCAGGUAAGUAUCUCGACCCAAAAAAAAACAAAAAAAAUAUUUAUUCUUGUUUUCUCCUUCUCUCUGAUUUAUUUUCACACCAGGGACGUUGUGAAGUAAGUCUGGGGGAGGGUUUUCGUCGUUUACUAACUCGUUUCUUUCUUUUGUUUUUCUUUUGGGUCAAUUUGAGUCAGAUUUUAUUGAGUCAGUCAAAACUUUGUGGGAAUUAGGACCUUAUUCUGUGUUGAUCAC